AACCCAACCCACAUUCUUCCUCAGUUGACUCGGCAUUCUCUUUCCCAAUUCAGUGUUUUACUUGCUCAGGUACAAGAAGAACCGAAUAUACCCUCACAAAUUCACUUCAACGUCACAGAGCUUGAGGGUUUACUCUCUGACCCAGAAAGCAAAAAUGGAAAAGGGUAUUCAUUUUUAAGGCCCUUUGGUAGUCUCAUUGAUCAAAAGUUGAUAUUGGAGCUGUGUAAAUAGACAGAUUAACCCAAGAAUGGUGGGGAAUUCGAUUAUCCAUGUUUCAGCUGCUAGCUCUGUCCUAUUUCCUUCAUAUUUAAUAAACCCCAUUUCUCAAAAGGGCUCCCUGAACUUUGUUCCAUGCCUAAGUAUAUCUAGAAGGCCUAAAAAUGGAGUCUUUAGUGUAAAAGCUACAUCAUCUGCGAAUACGGGUAGUGGCCAACAGCAACCUGCAUCAUCUUCUGAACCAAAGAAUCCGUUAGCAGUUGUUUUGGACAUUCCUAAGAACAUUUGGAGGCAGACUCUGCGGCCAUUGAGUGAUUUUGGGUUUGGGAGGAGGAGCAUUUGGGAAGGUGGGGUCGGGAUGUUUUUGGUUUCAGGAGCAGUUUUGCUGGCGCUUACCUUGGCUUGGUUGAGAGGGUCUCAGUUGCGGUCGAAGUUCAGGAAGUACUUGGCUGUGUUCGAGUUUGAGCAAGCUUGUGGCAUUUGCACUGGGACGCCGGUUAGAAUUCGUGGGGUGAAUGUUGGCAGUGUAAUUCGGGUUAAUCCUUCGUUGAAAAGUAUUGAAGCUGUGGUUGAGGUUGAUGAUGAUAAGGUAAUAAUCCCGCGUAAUUCAUUGGUUGAGGUGAAUCAGUCUGGACUGCUCAUGGAAACUUUGAUUGAUAUAACGCCUCGAAAUCCAAUCCCAACUCCUUCUAUAGGGCCUCUUGAUCCACACUGUGUCAAGGAGGGCCUAAUCGUGUGUGACCGGCAAAAGAUAAAGGGAUAUCAAGGCGUCAGCUUGGAUGCAUUGGUUGGGAUAUUCACUCGCCUUGGGCGUGAAGCGGAAGGAAUAGGUUUAGCAAAUACAUAUUCACUAGCUGAGCGGUUUGCUGUUGUUAUUGAAGAGGCACAACCGCUCCUUUCAAAGAUCAAAGCUAUGACUGAAGAUGUUCAACCUUUGCUGGCAGAAGUUCGAGAUAGUGGUUUGCUGAAGGAAGUUGAGAGUUUAAUGAAAAGCCUGACACAAGCCUCUGAGGACAUGCGGAAGGUGCACUCAUCGGUUAUGACUCCUGAGAACACUGAGCUAAUCCGGAAGUCCAUAUAUAGCCUCAUUUUCACCUUAAAGAAUGUUGAAAACAUAAGCUCUGAUAUCUUAGGGUUUACUGGUGAUGAAGCUACAAGACGGAAUCUUAAACUGCUUAUUAAGUCUCUCAGCAGGCUGUUGUGAAGAUGGAAUGCGGAAGCUCGGUCGGGGUUUGUGGUUUACCCUAGAGCUGCAAAUGCAUUGAGUCCUGGAUCUGACUGCUUGCUCAGUUAGGGGAGGUUAGAUAUAAUCUUCUGGCUGGUUUUUUUUAUUAAUGGACUUUAAUUGGUAUCCUUAAGUAAUGAGGGUAACUAACCUUUUUACAGUUUAGGAUAGCCAAAAAGUUUUGCACAUUUUUUUUUUUGCUGGUUGAGCAAUGUUGUGAAAGGUCUCUUGUAAGUUGCAAGUACAAUUGUGUAUGAAGUAAUUUCGUAUAGUUUAAGGUUGAUGUUUCCAGUUUA